AUGGCGGAGCCGGGGGCGGGUGGCGGCGGCGGCGAAUUCCUGAGCAGCGGGAGCGAGCGGCGGUGCCGAGCGCGGCUGGCAGCAGCGGCGGCGGGGCGGCGGGGGACAGCGGCGGCGGCGGCGGCGGUGCUGGUGCCGCUGUGCUCGGUGCGCGGCCGCCCCGCGCUGCUCUUCACGUUGCGUUCCCGCCGCCUGGGCGGCCUCCACAGCGGUGACGUCAGCUUCCCCGGAGGGCGGCGGGACCCGGCGGACGGCGACGCGGUGGCCACGGCGCUGCGGGAGACGCGGGAGGAGCUGGGGCUGGCGCUGGGCGCCCCGAGUGUCUGGGGGCAGCUGCGGCCGCUGCCCGACCGGCAGGGACAGACGGUGGCUCCCGUCGUGGCCAACCUGGGGCCCCUGGAGGACUUGACGCUGACCCCCAACCCCGAUGAGGUAGAGGAGGUCUUCACCCUGCCGCUGGCUCACCUCCUGCGGGAAGAGAACCAGGGCUACACCCACUUCCGUACCGCCGGCCGCUACGGCUACACCCUGCCCGUCUUCCUCAACGGCCCCCACAAGGUCUGGGGGCUGACGGCCAUCAUCACCGAGCUGACCCUGGAGCUGUUGGCACCCGACCGCUACCGCAGGAAGACGCGUGUGCCGGCCCGCAGCCCCUCAGCUCGGUCCCUCGAGGGGAGCUCGGCCUGAGGCGGGAGGGGACAGGGUGGCCCCUGCCAGCCCUGGGUGCCAGGGUGGCGUUUUUGGGGAAGGGGGGGUGUGUGCGUGUACAGGCGGAGCUCUCCCCGUGCCUCGGUUGUGCCGUUUCUUUCGUCCGCCGGGCGCCUGUAGGCCGGCCUCGCCGCA